AUGAGUAAGAAAUUUGAAUGUGUACGAGUAGUAAUUCGAUGUCGUCCCUUAAACGAAACUGAAAAAAAGGAUGGACGAGUUUGUAUAGUGAAUAUGGACACUAAGAAUGGGUAGGUGACGGUGAGAAACCCAAAGGUACCGGAUGAGGUGCCGAAGCAAUUUACGUUUGAUCAAAUAUUUGACACUUAAUCUUUGUAGGAAAAUGUGUAUAAAUCGACUGCUUCUCCUAUAGUUGAGAGUGUGUUGGAAGGAUAUAAUGGAACGAUAUUUGCUUAUGGUCAAACAGGGACAGGGAAGACACAUACAAUGGAAGGAAAAGAUGAUCCUCCAACAUUGAGGGGUAUUAUUCCUCGAACAUUUGAUCAUAUAUUUGAGAGGAUAGAGAAUAUGGCGAAGAAUAAAUAGUUUUUGGUGAAGGUUUCAUUUUUGGAAUUGUACAAUGAAGAAAUUCGAGAUUUGCUUUCAAAGAAUAUCAAAAACAAGUUGGAGAUACGUGAGAAUCCAGAUACUGGUGUUUACAUAAAGGAUCUGAGUAAAUUCAUGAUAGAGAGUCCUCAGGAGAUGAGAGAGAAAUUGUUACAUGGAAGAGAGAACAGGGCUGUGGGUGCUACAGCAAUGAAUUAGGAUUCUUCUCGUUCACAUUCUUUGUUCUAGAUAAUUGUAGAGACUAAUGAGAUGGUUUAAGGAUAGAGUCAUGUGACUGUGGGCAAAUUGAAUUUAGUAGAUCUUGCAGGCAGUGAGAGGUAGAGUAAGACUCAUGCGACUGGAGAAAGAUUGAAAGAAGCCAUCAAUAUUAACUAGUCUUUAACCACUUUGGGCAAUGUGAUCAGUGCAUUGGUGGAUAAUAAAUCAUAGCAUAUACCUUACAGAGAUUCAAAGUUAACAAGAUUGUUGUAAGAUUCUUUGGGAGGUAAUACAAAGACAGUUAUGAUUGCUAAUAUUGGUCCAGCUGAUUAUAAUUAUGAUGAAACUAUAUCUACUUUGAGAUAUGCUCAUAGAGCUAAAUAAAUAAAGAAUGAACCUAAGAUUAAUGAGGAUCCUAAGGAUGCUUAGAUUAGAUAAUUUUAAGAGGAAAUUAUGAAGUAAAAGACUUAUUCAUAAAUUUCAGAUUAAAAUAGCAAUUGGAAGCAUCAAUUGAAGGCGGAGAAGCUGUUAUGAAUCCAGGAUAGGAGGUGUUGGUAUAGAAGGUAGUGAAGGUUAAGAAUGUGGAUAAGAUCAAGGAGGCUGAGAAUAUAAUUGAGAGAGNAAUGACUACUCCCCUUAUAAAUCCCUUGUUUUUUAUAAAAUAAUAUAAUGAAUUGAUAAUUAUUAGUAAUUAAAUUGCAUCUUAUUUUAGCGAAUUUCUCUAUCAUAGACAUACUUUAUAAAUAAUUAAGAAUUUAAUGAGUAAGAAAUUUGAAUGUGUACGAGUAGUAAUUCGAUGUCGUCCCUUAAACGAAACUGAAAAAAAGGAUGGACGAGUUUGUAUAGUGAAUAUGGACACUAAGAAUGGGUAGGUGACGGUGAGAAACCCAAAGGUACCGGAUGAGGUGCCGAAGCAAUUUACGUUUGAUCAAAUAUUUGACACUUAAUCUUUGUAGGAAAAUGUGUAUAAAUCGACUGCUUCUCCUAUAGUUGAGAGUGUGUUGGAAGGAUAUAAUGGAACGAUAUUUGCUUAUGGUCAAACAGGGACAGGGAAGACACAUACAAUGGAAGGAAAAGAUGAUCCUCCAACAUUGAGGGGUAUUAUUCCUCGAACAUUUGAUCAUAUAUUUGAGAGGAUAGAGAAUAUGGCGAAGAAUAAAUAGUUUUUGGUGAAGGUUUCAUUUUUGGAAUUGUACAAUGAAGAAAUUCGAGAUUUGCUUUCAAAGAAUAUCAAAAACAAGUUGGAGAUACGUGAGAAUCCAGAUACUGGUGUUUACAUAAAGGAUCUGAGUAAAUUCAUGAUAGAGAGUCCUCAGGAGAUGAGAGAGAAAUUGUUACAUGGAAGAGAGAACAGGGCUGUGGGUGCUACAGCAAUGAAUUAGGAUUCUUCUCGUUCACAUUCUUUGUUCUAGAUAAUUGUAGAGACUAAUGAGAUGGUUUAAGGAUAGAGUCAUGUGACUGUGGGCAAAUUGAAUUUAGUAGAUCUUGCAGGCAGUGAGAGGUAGAGUAAGACUCAUGCGACUGGAGAAAGAUUGAAAGAAGCCAUCAAUAUUAACUAGUCUUUAACCACUUUGGGCAAUGUGAUCAGUGCAUUGGUGGAUAAUAAAUCAUAGCAUAUACCUUACAGAGAUUCAAAGUUAACAAGAUUGUUGUAAGAUUCUUUGGGAGGUAAUACAAAGACAGUUAUGAUUGCUAAUAUUGGUCCAGCUGAUUAUAAUUAUGAUGAAACUAUAUCUACUUUGAGAUAUGCUCAUAGAGCUAAAUAAAUAAAGAAUGAACCUAAGAUUAAUGAGGAUCCUAAGGAUGCUUAGAUUAGAUAAUUUUAAGAGGAAAUUAUGAAGUAAAAGACUUAUUCAUAAAUUUCAGAUUAAAAUAGCAAUUGGAAGCAUCAAUUGAAGGCGGAGAAGCUGUUAUGAAUCCAGGAUAGGAGGUGUUGGUAUAGAAGGUAGUGAAGGUUAAGAAUGUGGAUAAGAUCAAGGAGGCUGAGAAUAUAAUUGAGAGAGAGAAGGAAGAAUUGAAAAAGAAGAUAGAGGAGGAGAGAAGGAAGAUUGAUCAACAAAAGAAUUUGGGUGAAGAGGAGAAGAUGAAAUUAUUGAGGGUACAAUUAAAUUACAUUGUAAUUAGUAAUUACAAGAGAAAGAAGAAUAGGCUAAUAAUGCAAGAGAGACACAAUAGAAACUUAUUAAGACUAUUUAGAAGAUGGAAUAAAAGUUAGUUAACGGUCAUACUGAAGUAGAGGAAGCAAGGAGAAAAGAGAAAGAAUUGGAAGAGGCAAGGAAAUUGAUUGAAAAAGAGAAGGCUGAAGCUGCUAAGAGAGCUUUAGAAUUGUAAAAGAAGGAAGAAUUAAAUUUAGAAUUGCAAACAAAGUACAACUCAAUAAAGGAGGAAUUGGAAGAUAAGACAAGGAGAAUUAAGACACUUUAAUAAAAGACUCGUUAAUUGGAGUUCGAGAAUAAAGAGACUGAUGAAUUCAUGGCCAAAGAAAUAGAAGAUUUGCAGAUGAGAAAGAGAGAGAUUUUGUAGGAAGUUAAAUUGAAGUAGUUUAUUUUGGAUUAUUUCAUCCCUCCCAAGUUUUUGGAAACUAUGCAGAUGUUGGCCAUGUAUAAUGAAGCAGCUGAAGCAUGGACAAUCCAAGGUUUAGAUUAUUCUGGGAAACUGACUAAAACCUAAAUCUAAUAGGCUAUGUAGGAACAGUAGUAGUAAAUGAAUGUGACUGAUCAAAUUAAUAGCGAAGAGAAAUUGCAAGAGCUGCUUAGUCAUCCAAAUGUGUAUUUCGCUUAUACAGAGGAAGGAUUGAUAAGAGAGGAACAAUUGGCACCACAAGAGAAGAAGAAAGUACAGAAGAGAUUACAAUCUGCCAAGAAACCAUAAUCAGCCAAAAAGAGACCAUCAUCUAAACGUAUUGAAUCUGCCAAAAAGAGUGUCAAUUUACAAGAGCAGAACUAUCCUAAAGCUAAAGGACUUACAUCGAAAUGAAAUGAGGAGC